AUGGCUGUCGCAGACUACCUGGUCACAGAUGACCUCACCAUCGUCCUCGCUCUUGUGUCUGCCGGCCUCUUCUUGCUGCACAACCUCUACAAACCGCAAGCUCUCGUUCACCCUAUUCUCCUCGGCAGGCAGAGCGACGUUGCACGUGUCAGGAAUCCCUCAGAGAGUGCCGUCUAUCGCAACUAUGGCACUGGCAUGCUCGGUCGUUUCCCCCUCCGGCCGACCAAAGAUCAACAACUCGUCACUGACCUUUUGCGGCCUGAUGCGGAUGCUCCCCGCACAUUGUGGUCCACCAAAAUCACCAACCCCCAAUUGCGGGAACGUAUUGCGAACUUCGGUGCAGGACUCGCCCGUGGAGCAGGACUUGUACCUCAGGAGUCCAACGUGCUACUACUACUCAACGAUAGCAUUGAAUUCGUGAUUUCGGACUUGGCUCUGGCCUCGCACUCCAUUCCUUCAUUUACGCUGUCGGACCUCUCUAUACUCAACCACGUCCUGGAGGCCCAUCCUCCCUCCCUUAUUAUCACCGAAGCCCACUUCGUCCGCCAUUUGCUGGAAAUUAUCUACGACUCCAAUGAGAGUGAACACCACUCCAUAAUCGUCGUCGGCGACUUAUCAAACGCGAAGUUACCGCGCAUUGACAACAUCAAGUUAUUGAAAUGGGAGGACGUAGAGGUCCAAGGUGCUUCGGUCGAGAAACCCGCACUGCCCAGUCCUGAUCCCAAUGAUGUCUACACCGUUGCGUUUCACCGGAGUUCCUCUGGUAUCUGCGAAGGCGUGCAGUUCACUCAUCAGCACCUGACUGCCGGUGUUGCUGCUACUCGUGCGCUUCUCCCUCCGUCAAGCGCGAUGUCUCCCUUGGACACCAUUCUUUCUACGCACUCCCUCAGCACCCCUUACGGACGUGCUAUUGCAUACACCGCUCUGUACGAAGGGACUGGAUUUACUACCGUGGAAAGCACGAAACUGGUCAAGUCUGAUGAUGCUCCUGUUCCUUCCGGGCUCAAGGAUCUCCGCACGUCCGCCGCCCACCAAACAUCCUCCCCGACGCUCUUGUUCAUACGCCCGGACCACAUAACUAGCCUCAGCGACACCAUCUUGCAGAACGCCCGCGCCUCAUCGUGGCUGUUAUACAACAUCGCCUGGCGCCACAAGCUCGCCGGGAUUCUCGAAGGCUACAUGACGAAGCAGAGCCUCUGGGACCGUCUCGUGUUCGAUGGCGCUCGUGUCAAGGUCAUGGGCAAGGGUGCAGGCACCGUUCGUACUGUCGUCGUGAGCGGAGGUCUUCUGGACGCACAAGCUCUCACGCCCGCCCGUGUCGCGCUGUCGGUCCCCGUUAUCUACGCACACGUCCACCCGCUCGUCGCCGGCCCCGUCCUCGCCAGCCACGCGCUCGACCUCCAGACUUUCCCGCCUACGUCUCCUGCGUCUCCCGCAGGCUCAGCCGCUGACGCCUAUGCCUUCACCUACCUCGCCCCCGUCGGUCCGCCGUCCGUCAACGUCGAGGCGAAGCUUACUGGCGUCGAUGACAACGCCGUGGAAGGCGGCGCUGACCCCGUGGGUGCACUCUACGUCCGCGGCCCCACUGUCGGUCGCCCACUGUCGGUAGACGUAGCGGAGGAGGAAGCGACGCCAGACGAGCUCAGGGGAUGGAGGUUCACGAGCGAGCGUGCGAUCGUUGCACCUAAUGGCACCUUCAAGGUGUCGGCGCCCUCUGCCACUAAGGCCUGA